AUGCCAUCAGUUGAAAGUGCAUGGUUACAGAAUAGAAAUUUCGGAGUAGUUAUAGAUGCUGGUAGUUCUGGAUCAAGAGUACAAAUAUACUCGUGGAAAGAUCAUCGAUGGGUGAGACAUAGUAAACCGGAUAGCGAGCUUUCCGUGCUCCCUACGAUUGAACUUGGGGAUGAGAAUGGUGAACAUUGGCAGAAAAAGGUUGAACCAGGCAUAUCGAGUUUUGCAAAGAAGCCAACUCUGGUUGGACCGGAUCAUCUUAAAAAAUUAUUAGAUUUCGCAUUGGAAGUUGUACCACCAGAUAUAGUUGAUAUAACACCAGUUUAUGUAUUGGCCACUGCCGGAAUGCGAUUGCUGGAAAUUGAUGAGCAGCAACAAAUUAUCGAUAACGCAUGUAACUUUAUCAGGGAUAAUUAUUUUUUUCGCAUAGAUCAAUGUAGUGCUCAUGUACAAGUGAUAACUGGUGAAUGGGAGGGAAUUUUUGGCUGGUUGGCCGUGAAUUAUUUAAAGGGCGGAUUUGAUACAGACAGUAAAAUCGCGGGUGCAAUUAACAAUAAUACAGAUGUGUAUAUUGCGGAUGAACAGAUGAAAAAAAAAAUUGAUGGCGGGCAUACGACAACGUUUGGAUUUUUGGAUAUGGGUGGAGCGAGUGCACAGAUUGCAUUUGUUCCGAAUAUUAAAGAAGCAGAAGAACACGCAAAUGAUUUAACUACGGUAGAUUUAUACACUUUGGCGGGCAUACCGUUAGAAUAUAAAGUAUUUGUUUCUACAUUCUUGGGAUUUGGGACUAAUGAAGCACGACGUAGAUAUGUAGAAGAACGUAUUCACUAUUACAUGAAAACUCAUGAGCAUUUAUUUGCUAAUCCAGAAAAUGCAAGAGAACAACCGACCACACUAUUAAAAGAUCCAUGUUUACCCGUUGAUUUAAUACUCACCGAUACGACCACAAAACCGCCAUAUUACUCAUUACAAGGAACCGGAUCAUUCGACCAAUGUCUCGAAUUGACAUCACCGUUAAUCAAUAAAACCGCGCCAUGUUACGACAAUCCAUGUUUAUUUAACGGGGUUCACACACCGAAUAUUGAUUUCUCAGUGAACCAUUUUAUUGGAAUAUCGGAAUUUUGGUACUCAACUCAUGAAAUUUUCGGAUUUGAUGGAGAAUGGGAUUACGCGAAAUUCAAAGAAAAAGCUGGUGAAUAUUGCGCAAAACAUUGGAACGACCUUCAAACUGAAUAUCGAACAAACAACAAAUGGAAAAAUUCUGGUGUGGAUUUACAACGAUUGGAAAUGCAAUGCUUUAAAGCAGCAUGGCUAACAAACAUGUUGCAUGAGGGAAUUAAUCUUCCGAAAUCAUCAAAUGAUUAUUUAAAACCCAAUGUUGACAAUAACACAAUAACAAUCCCACCAUCUUUUCAGAGUAUUAAUAAAAUAAAAGAUAUUCAAGUUAGUUGGACAUUGGGUAAAAUAGUGUUAGAAGCGUCAAAUUUAAUUCCGAAUGCGAUGGCGCCAAAUAAUCCACCACCGGAACCGCAAGGACGUGGAUUAUUUGGAUAUUAUAAUUAUAUGAUAGAAUGGAUUAUUCUUUUGGCAAUGUUCUUGUGUUGCACCGGAUUUUGGUGGGGAAUAACAAGAAAAUCGGGAUAUGGGAAAAGACGGCGACUUAGUUUUGGAUUUCUUUCGAGAUUAUUAUAUUCUCCGUUUUCUUUUUCCUCUAGAAGUAGUGCUCGAGAUGGUGGCCCCGAUUACGGAAUUCUAGAUAAUGGAGGUGUAAACGGACAAUAUUCAGCAUCUCCUUCUUCCGCUUCUUUAUUUAACCUUAUAAAAAUGGUUUCAAUUCGCUUAAGAUUAUAUAUUUUACGAAUUACUUCGCCAAUUCGAUUAUUCUUCAAGUCACCACCAUCAUCAAGAAAUAUCAAUGAUAUUGAAGAGAAUCAUUUUGGAUUUAUUAGCGUUGAUGUUUUGCCCUCGUCUGGUGCUAGUAACACUAAUAUUAAUGGGAAUGGAAAUAUCAAUGAUAUGGAAUCCAUCCAAAUCUCUACAAAAGAUAACCUCUCGAGUGGUGGUAGUAAUACCGAAAUAGGAUUUGUUAGUCCACAACCAGUGGUUAAUAUCUCUGUGAAUGGACUUUCGUCAAGAACUGUGAGUUAUACAAACUUGGCAAAGAUGAAAGAACGUACAAAUAGUCUUGGUUCAAGUAAUACAGUGGAUAUCGAAAAAAAUGCAGUUGAUGUGACCUUCUUGCCUAGUUACGCAAGAUUAAAUGAGACAAUCACUAAGGUAGCGCAACAAGAAGAAAAUUUUCAUGGUUCCAUUGUUUCUGGAGAUUCAUAUAGUGAGCCAGUUAAGCUCCCUUCCGAUUUGGAAGCAGCUGUCACAGAAAUAUGGCAAUCAAAUGAUCCACUUGAUAGUAGUGACUUCAACCCAAUAGAAUAUAUUAACCAGUUACUUCCUGACGAAGAUUCUUUGGGCUCAGUCGAUAUCACCAUGAAAAAACUACAAAUUAAAAUGCGGCAAAUCGAAAAUAAGAUACGUGAACUAACUAGGGUGAAGAAAGAUUCUUCUAGUGAAAGCCAAGGAACCGAGGAAUUGAUCGCGACAAAGAAAGCUAUAGAGGAACUCUUUGAGCGUAUAAAACAAAUAAAAGAGAAAGCUACGCAAUCGGAAAUUAUUGUGCAAGAGAUAACGCAGGAUAUAAAGUCUCUUGAUUAUGCUAAACGACAUUUGACAGUUUCUAUCACUACAUUGAAACGGUUGAACAUGCUUGUGGUAGCCAUUGAUAAAUUGAAGAAAAUGGCACGUUUAAGACAGUACAAGGAAACAUCGCAACUUUUGCAAGCAGUGCUGGAAUUGGCAAAACACUUUCAACGAUACAAAAGUAUUAAACAAAUUUCGGAUUUAUCUUCGUCCGUUACUUUAUUCCAAAAUGAUCUCAAACAGCAAAUAUUUAGAGAUUUUGAUUUGAGCUUUUCACAGGAUGGUAGUCUUAUUGCUCAAGAAGCACCGCUUGCGGAUGCUUGUUUGGUAACGGAAAUUAUGGGAAAAGACAUAAAAGAUCAACUUUGUAACUGGUAUUGUGAGAAACAAUUGCGCGAAUAUAAGCGAAUAUUUCGGGAUCGUGAAGAGAUGAGCUCCAUUGAUAACUUAACACGAAGAUACGCGUGGUUAAAUCGCGCGAUAAAAAAUUACGAUAAAGAUCAUGCGAUUAUUUUUCCAGAGCACUGGCGAUUGAAUGAAAUUCUCAGUUGGAAAUUUUGUGAAAUAACCAGAGAAGAUGUGUCCAAUACGCUUAAGAUGAUUGCGAAUGAUUUAGACGUUAAAGUUUUGUUGAAGAAUGUGCAACUUACUAUUGAGUUUGAAAAUCAGCUGUCGAAGAAAUACAAUAAUUUGGAAAAUACGGGUUCGCCCUCGUCUACAGAUUCGCCAAAACGAUACGAAUUCAAAAAAAGCAUUUCAAUAUCCUUUCAACCUUAUCUUGGCAUUUAUAUAGACGCGGAAGACAGAAUAAUUUUUGAAAUGAUCAAUUCGUAUCGUAACGAAUUAAUUUCCGAUGAAGAUCCCGUAUUUAUAUCGAGCACCGACCUAUUCUACUAUUACGGCGAAACACUUAAAAAUUUCGCAAAGUUGUCGACCGGUCAAUCGUUUCUCGAUUUGGCUGAUAUGUUUGGCAAGUGGCUGAAAAUUUAUGCAAGUGAUGUGUUGAUUGGAAAAUUGCCGAAAGAAGAAAAACGUGUAAUGACGCGUCAAGAGCUCAGAAAUAUUUGCAUCAUUCUGAAUACUACGGAUUAUUGCUAUAAUACGACAUCACAGCUCGAAAACAAAUUAAUUGAAACAAUUGAUGAAGAAUAUAAAGAUAAAAUAAAUUUUGAAGCUGAACGUGAAGCGUUCCUAAAUGUUGUCACAAUAGCAAUAACAAGUCUUGUAAAAGGAAUCGAGACGAACAACGAAGACGUAUUCACAAUGAUGAGCAAAAAGUCAUGGGGUGACUUAGAAUCGGUGGGUGACCAGUCCGAUUAUGUCUCGAUGUUUCAAUCGACUUUACGAACGUGUGUUGUCGUUGUUCAUAAGAGAAUCACAAAUAAUCGGUAUUUUCGAAUAUUUUGUGAUAGAUUCGUAGAUUCUUUUGUGAUGCGUAUUAUCAAUAAUUUGACAAAGUGCAAGCCUAUUUCUGAAAUAGGAGCUGAACAGCUAUUACUUGAUAUCCACGCUCUUAAAACGAGCAUUUUGGAGAUACCAACAUUAGGUAUCGUAAAUCCUGCGCCUCCGCCGACGACGUUUGUAAAGAUUGUCAACAAAGGAAUAAGCAAGAUAGAAACUAUCCUCAAAUUGGUUCUUACUCCUCAUGAACCACCGGAUGGCUUAGUGAGCAAUUACAUUCUUCUCAUUGGAGAUAGAAAUCCGGCCAACAUUCAAAAGAUACUGGACUUGAAAGGUAUAAAAAAGAUUGAACAGCAACCAAUAAUAAACAUGUUUCAACAGCGUAUACAAGAUCAUCCUAAUCUUGUGGAAAACUCGAGUAUCCUGUCGUUGAUGACAUGGUCCACAUCUACUACCAUACAACAAUCGCUUCCAAAUAUUCUUAAUAAUGCCGCCUUGUUAACAACAAAUGAUCGAAUAUCUAUAGCUGAUCGAAGUGGCGCCGCGGCUAAUAGGUUUAAUGUGGGCGUCCGAAAAGUGUUGGCCGGAAGAGCGUGGCUUCGUAAAGAUGGAGGAAACAAUGACGAUUCUUAA